CUUGUAAUAGCAAUACCAACUCCAACGAAUCAGAAGCCAACAAGUCAAUAUAUAAUUCUGAAGGACCGCUUCUCUUCCUUCCCUUUCUUUCUUACCAUCAUCACAGAAACAAAGCAUAUCUGUAUCUGAUUAUAUACCGACCCCUCGCCAGAAAAAGCAAACAUUUGAUUUCCCAAACACUAAAAACCCAAAACUUGUAUCCCAAAUCAAAUCCCCAAUUUCAAUUUAGGGUUUCUCCGGAUCAAUCUCAACCUCCAUCUUCUUCCAGGUGAAAGAUCUGAUCUUUUUUGGAUUGGGGGAUAGAAGAUGGGGGCAUUCAUAUCCAAGUUUUGGUUCAUGUUGUUUCCUGCAAAGGAGUAUAAGAUUGUGGUGGUUGGGUUGGACAAUGCUGGGAAGACAACUACUCUUUACAAAUUACACUUGGGAGAGGUUGUCACUACGAAUCCGACUGUGGGCAGCAAUGUCGAAGAGCUUGUCUACAAGAACAUUCGCUUUGAGGUGUGGGAUCUUGGUGGGCAAGAUAGACUGAGGACUUCUUGGGCAACAUACUACCGUGGAACUCAUGCCAUCAUUGUGGUAAUAGACAGCACUGACAGGGCCAGAAUUUCUAUCAUGAAGGAUGAACUCUUCAGGUUGCUUGGACAUGAGGAUCUUCAACAUUCAGUUGUACUGGUUUUUGCUAAUAAACAAGAUCUCAAGGAUGCCAUGACCCCAGCUGAGAUCACUGACACUCUAUCUCUUCACAGCAUUAAGAAUCAUGACUGGCACAUCCAAGCAUGUUGCGCCCUCAAUGGAGAUGGGUUGUAUGAUGGCCUAGGUUGGAUUGCCUCACGAGUUACCGGGAAAACACCCAGUUGAAGAGUUUGUCUGAACAAGGUUUUUCAUGUAUGGGGUUUCAGGGCUGAGUGAUGUAAAAACAGUCUGUACCAUUAAAGCUAUUUCUUGGCAAAUUUGUAGAUUGUUUAUGAUUUCAAAUGAUUUAUACAUUUUACAUUCCGAAUCUUGAAGCAUGUCACUAACAAUAUGAUAUGCCUGGAAAAAUGUUCUGCUCCGCCAUUACACUGAAUCAUUUUAAUUGAAAUUUUUUUACACUGCAC